ACACAGAGUUGUCGUUCCUUACACAUAUCGCCAAGCUGUGUAUCAACGGUGUGCAGCAGAUAUCAGUGUGCUGCAUAGCAGCUAAUGUUUCCCAUUCUAAUUCUUCGUAAAGUUUCACAUGAGAUGUUCCUCGGCGUAAUCCUGUAAUUAUCCUGGCUGCAUCUAAUUGGACUGAUUCGAGAAGUGUUUUUUCCUGUUCUGUACAAUUGUCCCAUACUACACUUGCAUAUUCUAAGAUUGGCCUAAUAUAAGAGACGCCUGGCUCGGUUACAACUUACGGGACACCAUGGAUCCACGGAACACAUUGGUCUUCUUCGUCAACGGUAAAAAGAUCGAGGUUGGGAGCCCAAGCCCAGAGACAACCCUUCUUCAAUAUCUUCGCCAGACCCUAUAUCUAACUGGAACAAAAUCAGCAUGUGGACAGGGUGCUUGCGGCGCAUGCACCGUCAUGAUGUCAUCAUAUGACGUCACAAGCAAGUCAAUGACACACGUGUCGGUGAAUGCCUGUCUCGUGCCAUUGUGUUACCUUCACGGUCGGGCGGUCACUACCGUGGAGGGUGUAGGAAAUUCCCGGACAGGACUACACGCGGUACAGAAAGGUUUAGUGGAGGCACAGGGUUUCCAAUGCGGAUUUUGUACUCCUGGGAUGGUUAUGACGAUGUACACAUUGUUUAGGAACAACCCUAGUCCGUCACAGGAACAAAUGGAGAGAAUGUUGGAAGGAAACCUAUGUCGAUGUACCGGGUACCGUCCCAUAGUUGAUGCUUUUGUGGAAGCCAAAAAGAACUGUCCGUGCGGAUUAGGCCUGUGUCAACAGACGAAUGAGACAUCAGGAGGUAUUGACGAGACUCCACGGGAGGCCUCCUCUCAAGACGUCAUAUUUCCCCCGGAACUGCAGCUGACAGAGACUUACCACACAGAAGACGUGGUAUUUAGAGGUGAUCGGUACACCUGGUAUCGUCCCACAACUCUAGCCGGAAUAUUACAACUGAAGGCAGAUCAUCAGGGAGCUCCCGUGGUCAUGGGAUGCAACAGUAUAGGAUAUCUGCUGCGCAAGGGGAUUCUGACGUCUGACGUGGUUAUCUGCGGAACCAAUGUUAAGGAACUGACUAUUGUUGAGACCACACUGACCGAGGUUCGAGUCGGGGCCGGGGUUACCAUGGCGUCAUUGGAAAAAACACUCAACGAAAUAUCUGUCAAAAUCAAAGGUCCCAAAAACAGAAGUGUGUUAGCAGCCCUGGACGUCCUGCGGUGGAUAGGUGUGGACCAAAUCAGAAAUACAGCGACGAUUGGAGGUCACGUGAUGAGCCACGCACCCAAUCUGGAUCUGCAAGCUUUCCUUAUGGCCGCUGGAGCAGAACUGCAGUUUUUAUCACAAGGCAAAGGACCACGCACCUGUAAGUUGGAUGACGAAUUCAUCAAUAAUGAAUAUAGUCACAUGGGUGAUGGAGAGAUACUGUCCUCAAUCACCAUACCUUUCACGAGCGAGAACGAGUAUAUCGUUGGCAUGAAGCAGCCUCACCGUCGCGGAUUUGACUAUGGCAUUGUUACUUGUGGGCUGUUCGUGGAACUUGACACCAGUACUAGAACUGUCAGAACGAUGCGACUAGCCUUCGGAGGUGUUGACAAGAAACCUGUACUGGCGCUGUCAACCACCAACAAUUCAGUUGGAAAGACUUGGUCUGAUGACAUCGUGACUGAGGUGUGUGGUGAUUUGAUAAUUGAGCUCAACAACAAUUACUACGACAAUACAAAGUUCCGGCUUACUCUAGCAUGUAGCUUCGUCUACAAGUUUUUCUUGUAUGUACAAGGGCAGUUGAAGAAAACGGAUUCGUCGUGUUCCCAGUGUGAUGUGAUCGGGCUGCCCUAUACAACCGUGUCCGGCACACAGGCGUACGACGUCCCAAGCGAGGACGGCCACAGGAUUGUAUGGAAACCCGUACCUAACGUUUCUUCCGAAUAUGUCACGUCCGGAGAGGCACAGUUUGUGGACGACAUUCCUACAUUUCAAAGUGAACUUUUUGCUGUCCCGGUCACAAGUAAGCAUGCACAUGCACGGAUCCUGUCUGUGGACCCGUCUCAAGCUCUGGCGCUCCCUGGUGUGGUGGACUACAUAGAUCACUCCCAUGUUCCUGGUACCAACAAAUUCAGUGUUAUAAAUGGAGUAUGCGACAGCACACUAUUUGCCGAAAAUGAGGUGUUCUGUUAUGGCCAGGUAAUUGGGGCAGUCCUAGCCGAGAGCCGAACUGUAGGUGUCAAGGCAGCGCAGCUUGUCAACAUCACGUACGAAAAGAUGAACGCAAUAUUAACCAUUGAAGAGGCGCUGGAAAAGGAUUCACUGUUUGAGGAAGUACAUAGGAUCGAUGUAGGUGAUCUAGAGGGUGUCAAAGAAACGGCCAGUCAUUGUGUGGAGGGCACGUGUUCCACGGGAGUGCAGGAACACUUGUACAUGGAAACCCAGACUGCACUGGUAGUACCAAAGCUCGAGCAGCGCGAACUGGAGGUGUUCGCACCUACACAGAUCCUUACGGCUACACAGCAAAUCCUAUCUGACUUCCUGGCAAUCCCUCGGAACAGAUUGACAGUGAAAAUAAAACGAAUUGGUGGAGCAUUUGGCGGAAAGCAGGGGGACACUAUGAGUGUGGUCGGGAUAGCGGCCGUCGGAGCAUGGAAGACGAAACGGCCAGUGCGAUGUGUACUUGACAGGACAACAGAUAUACAGAUAACGGGGAAGAGACAUCCUGCCAAGACACUAUACAAGGUUUACUUCAGUGACGACGGCCGUAUUCUCGGAUUGAACGUGAAGUUUUAUAUCAACGCUGGAUACUCGCUCGAUUGCAGUCCAUUUGUUGUUAAAAUCGCUAGUUGGUUCCUAAACGGAAGCUACAACAUACCAAACAUAAAGAGCGAAGGUCGCAUGUGCAAAACAAAUUUGCCUUCCAAUACAGCCAUGCGGGGUUUCGGAGCGCCACAGAUGCUGUUUGCCGUUGAGCACAUAGUGCAACAAGUUGCUACUCGACUCAAAAUGUCACCUGAAGAGGUACGGCAGAUAAACUUAAUUAGGCAGGGGUCUGUGACUGCCUCUCGACAGCUUAUAACGGACAACAACAUGGCCCGGUGCUGGACAGAGUGUAGAGCCGACAGUCAGCUCGACCAACGGCGACAGGAGAUAGUAACAUUCAAUAGCACUAACAGAUGGACAAAGCGAGGGAUUGCCAUGAUACCGAUCGCGUUCGGUGUAGGAUACGCUCCCCUUUUCGCAAACCAGGCGGGAGCGUUACUACUGGUGUACCUUGACGGGUCAGUCUUGUUAACCCAUGGUGGCGUGGAAAUGGGCCAGGGGGUCCACACUAAGAUGAUUCAGGUUGCCGCUACUGAGCUUGACAUAUCGCAGGAUAAGAUCAUAAUCAGUGAAGUGAGCACGGCAACUGUACCCAACACAUCCGAGUCCGGGGGUACACAGGUCGCCGACCUCAACGCCGGGGCCGUCAAGAAUGCUUGUGUUAAGAUCAGAGACCGCCUGGAACCGUUUAGAAAAGCCAAACCAGACGGUACAUGGGAAGACUGGGUAAAUGCUGCCUACGACGAGCGCGUGAGUCUCGCAGCUACAGGUAUUUUCAAGUCAAGGGAAGAGGGUUAUGACUUUGCUACCAACACUGGUGUACAUGCUAACUACUUCACGUACGGUACAGCUUGUACCGAGGUGGAGAUUGAUUGCCUUACUGGUGGGCACCAGGUACGACGUGUGGACAUUGUGAUGGACGUCGGUAAGAGUCUAAAUCCUGCAAUAGACGUUGGCCAGAUCGAGGGAGGAUUUGUCAUGGGAUAUGGAAUGAUGACUAUGGAACAGAUACAGUUUACUGCUGAAGGUCGCAUGAAAGCGUCCGGGCCAUUGGAGUACAAAAUCCCGUGUGUCCGCAACAUUCCACGAGAGUUUAAGGUCAAGCUUCUUCAGGAUAGUGGAGAUGUCAAAACUGUAUACUCAUCCAAGGGAGUAGGCGAGCCACCUCUUUUAUUGGCGUCAUCAGUUUUCUUUGCGAUCAAAGAGGCAGUUCAGGCGGCACGCGCAGAAGUCGGGUUGACAGACGACUAUCCUCUUAAGUGUCCGGCCACAGCAGAAAGGAUCCGAAUGGCCUGUCAGGACAAUAUUGUAGAUCAAUGCCAGCAAGCUGAAAUGAAAACCAGUAGCAAUCCACUUGUUACUAUAUAAGACCAACCUGUCUUCUCAAGUUCUCAUCGUAGUGUUUGAAACAAACAAAACAUAUAAAAGAUACAGUAAAGAUAAAUUGCGACCAAAACAUAUAUCCCAACUCAAGCCAUAUAAACAGUAAAAAUCCCUAUAUACCCCAGACACAUCAUUGCGCCAUAUCGUAGUGGCAAUUACCCCGACAUUAGAGACAGGUCGGUACUCGGGACUUCGUGUGUCUGGCAAUAUAAUACUGUGAACCGUGUUAUAAUGACAGACGGGACCUAGACGAUGAGAGACAAGUUCCCUUCGUGAGGAAAUGAACACAUGAAGUGUUCAGCAUAUAUAGCUGCUUGAAAGAUCACAAACCUCUCAAACUGAGAGGAGAAAUAUUAUAUAUUUGAUAACGAACUGUGCUAAUAAUAACAUUUUUAUAACGUCAGGUUGUACACCAUUAUGCCAUAUAUUUUAAACGCGCUUUGUUCCUUUAUUAAUGAUUUUGAAAAUACGGUUAUGAUCUAUUGGCCUUUUUUUUUUUUAUUCAAUACGUGAUUGAGGGUUGAUUCAAAUGUUAUUAAGAUAUUUAACCAGGUGUUUAGUAUGUGUUCGUUGUACGAGUUCAUGUAUAUAUUUUACCUGAAGUUACACAAAUUUGUUAGCGUACUUGUUUUGUGUGUUGCAUGUUCUGUACUAGUUCUGUACUGACUCGAUUGGUCAGAUUUGUUAUUUAGUCAGCUGACCAACCGCAGCACUUGCUUGACCAUUCAACUAAUAUUUGAUAUCAAUUCUUGUCGGACACACAGCUUGAGACACUCUAAGGAGUAAGACGUACAUGGUAUACUUUCGACUUACAUUGUAAGGCGUCCACAGCAUCCUGGUUCAAACCAAACCAAACACGAGAUAAGAGUGAUGUGCGAAAUAUAUAUAUAAAGAGUUGAGUAAUUUGUUGAUUAUCUUGAUUAACAAAUAUACUGUGUUACAAGAUUUAUUCAAACCGUAACGGUCGAAUGUCAAUAAAGGCCAUUUGUAUCUUC